AUGGGGAACGCUCUGGCCGGCAGGCGGCGCGCGGCCAAGGUGAUGACGGUGGACGGCGCCACGUUCCGGUACAAGACGCCCGCGGCGGCCGGCGCGGCCCUGCGCGGCCACCCGGGCCACCAGCUGCUCGAGUCCGAGGAGGUGCGGCGGCUGGGCGUCCGCGCCCGCCCGCUCGACCGCGACGCCGCGCUCAAGCCGGGCAAGCUCUACUUCCUCGUGCAGCUCCCGCGCGGAGCCGGCGGGCGCGGCGCCGGCGACGAGGAGGACCUGCGCGGGCCGCACAAGACGUGGUCCGGCGCGCUGCACGUGGGCGCCCGGGAGCGGCUGGAGAGCCUGAUGCUGUCGCGCCGCACCGUGUCGGACGUGGCGUCCCUGAUGCCCUCCGCCGGCAGGGAGCCGUCUUCGGCGGCGGCGGCCCGGUCGUCGUCCGUGGAGGCCGGCGCGGACGGCGCCGUGCGGCUCCGGAUGCGGCUGCCCAAGGCGGAGGUGGCGCGGCUGAUGAAGGAGAGCAAGGACCCCGCGGAGGCCGCCGAGCGGAUCAUGCAGCUCUGCGUCGCCAGGGACCAGGGGGGCGACGCCGCUGUGCCGGCCAAGCCCGCCGCGCUGCCGGUCUCCGCGCUGUGCACCAACAAGACGGCCAUGAAGAAAGAGAAGCGGACGAGGUUCAUGGCCGUGCCGGACGAGAUCAUCGGAUGA